CUCGAUCUUUUCCUUCGUCUUCAUCCUUCCAUUAUUCUUCUAUUAGCUUUCUAGUCGCUUUUCUUUUAUCUACCUUCCUUCUCGUCGCCUCUUCCUCCGAAGAAUAAUAACGUCCGCUCGCUCCCUCCCUGACGCCAGCCCUCCACCCACUCUCCUUUCCCCGGCCUCGCGUCCGACCUCACCACCCUCCCCUUACUCCGGUCACCCGGAAGCGCAAUCAAUCGGGAAACUCUGCGACGUGAAAAUCAAGAGCGUCCUAAAGUUAUUACCGCCCUUACCGCUGUCGCUUACUGGUCGAACUCCGCUCGCGACCUCUCACGACCGCCCACAAAAUGCCUGCCUACGAGCUUCGAUCUGGAGGGGACGUCAAGAACAAGAAGCAGAGUGUGGCCGACCUCAAGUACCGCCGAUUGACAGAGCUCAAUGCCCGCCUGAAGGAGGAUCUCGACCGUCCCCGAGUCAAGGUGUCAGAGGCUGCCAUGUCGCUGAUCAAUUACUGCAACAAUACUCGUGACUUCAUGGUACCGUCGGUAUGGGGACAGGUCGACAAGCGUGAAGACCCAUACGCACCCCAACAGCAGGGAGGCUGCUUAUGGUCCGAAGCAGACCUAUCGCGUUGAUGGGCAUUGAUACCCCCGGCCGCUAUGACCUUACCUUUCUAUUCCCUAAUUCCGUGCCUUGGAUCUCUCACAUUUUCGAAUGCGCUGCCUCACGGCUUGUAUCACAC